GCUAUAGUCGGUCAUGUGAUUCCUGCUUCUCUCUCUCUCUCUCUCUCUCUCUCUCUCUCUAAGUUGAAAGGCAGGAGCAGAGCAGUGGAGGGGGCCCACAGCUCCUCUUCCUCUGCUGGUCGUGGAUGCAACGUUUUUUCGUCCCCCUUUUUUUCUUUCUUCCACCACAUUUUAGUGUUAGUUUCUCGCUCGGUGUGUGAUCUUUUUUUCCCUUCGCCAUGGCGGGAGCUAUUAUUGAAAAUAUGAGCACCAAAAAGUUGGUGAUAGUGGGAGUUAUUCUGCUUUUGUUCCAGGCGUUUGCCUUCAUGGUCGGCGGUUUAAUUGCUCCCAGCCCCACCACAGCGGUCCACUACUUGGCCACCAAGUGCGUGGAUACAACCAAGCACCGGCAGGAAACCCAAUGGUUCAUGCCUUGGGGUCCCAACCAAUGCGACAAGAUCCGGAACUUUGAUGAGGCCAUGGCCAAGAAGAUUGAGGCCAACAACAUUGUGUUUGCUGUCCACAUUCCUCUGCCUAACAAAGAGAUGAGCCCCUGGUUCCAGUUUAUGCUGGUCAUCCUGCAGUUUGAUAUCGCAUUCAAGAUGCACAACCAGAUAGACGAUGGAGCGAUGGCCACCAUUGACGUGGGCCUGGCAUACAGAGACGACACAGUCAGUGAGUGGACAGAGAUGGCUCACUCUUUUGAACAUCGGAAGCUCACCUGCAACUUCACUACUGACAAGACCCCUGAGAACGAGGGACGUUACUAUGAGUGUGACCUGCUGCCUUUCAUGGAGGUCGGCAGCGUGGCCCAUAAGUACUAUCUUCUCAACAUCCGCCUGCCUGUCAACGAGCGAAAGAAGGUCAAUGUGGGGAUCGGAGAAAUCAAAGACAUUCGUCUCGUUAGCAUACACCAGAACGGAGGUUUCACCAAAGUGUGGUUCGCCAUGAAGACAUUCCUCACACCCAGCAUCCUCAUCAUCAUGAUCUGGUACUGGAGACGGAUCACCCUCAUGAGCAGACCUCCUGUGCUGCUGGAGAAGGUAAUCCUUGCUCUGGGUAUCUCUAUGACAUUCAUCAACAUCCCAGUGGAGUGGUUCUCUGUCGGCUUCAACUGGACCUGGAUGCUGCUUUUCGGGGACAUCAGGCAGGGCAUCUUCUACUCCAUGCUGCUCUCUUUCUGGAUCAUCUUCUGCGGGGAGCACCUAAUGCAUGGGUUGUGGGCAGAGGACAAGUGGAGAUGUUGGAGCGUUAACUCUUCGAUGAUCUCUUUGACGAGCUCCAUGUCUGCCUCAGACAAGGACCAGACAGAGAGGAACCGCUUCUCAGUCUACUGGAAGCAGGUCGGACCCAUCGUGUUUGGCUCCUUCUGCCUUUUUAUCUUCGACAUGUGUGAGAGAGGGGUCCAGCUGACAAACCCCUUCUACAGCAUCUGGGCGUCUGAUGUAGGAACUGAGCUUGCUAUGGCUUUCAUAAUUGUGGCAGGGAUCUGUGCCUGCCUCUACUUCCUCUUCCUCUGCUUCAUGGUGUUUCAAGUCUUCCGCAACAUCAGCGGUAAGAGGACGUCCCUGCCCGCCAUGUCCAAGGCCAGACGGCUGCACUAUGAGGGUCUGAUUUUCAGGUUCAAGUUCCUCAUGCUGGUCACUCUGACCUGUGCUGCCAUGACUGUCAUCUUCUUCAUCAUCAGUCAGGUGAAUGAGGGCCACUGGCACUGGGGAGAGCACACAGUGCAGGUGAACAGCGCCUUCUUCACCGGUAUCUACGGCAUGUGGAACCUGUACGUCUUCGCCAUCAUGUUCCUCUACGCACCAUCUCACAAACGUUACGGAGACGAGCAGUCAAGUGGUCAGUGCAUCACUGGAGACAACGGAGGAAACAGUGGAGAGGACAUCCAGCUGACUACUACCAUCACACAUGUCGAUGGCCCCACUGAGAUCUACAAGAUGACUGGCAAAGAGGCCCAGGAGUAGAUGUCACACUGCUGUCAAGACUCCCCUCUUCUACCUACUGCUCCAACGAUCCCCUCCCUCGUACAUGUAAUCAAACCGGCUUUUCUCUUUACAUCCUCCCGGCUCUAAAAACGGCAUUAACAAUCCAGCUUGCAUGUAACCUACCAGUCCCACAGUCGCUGUCCUCUCCCAGCACCAAACCCCUCAGCUGUGCGACUUGUUACGUGCCACCCUGUUCCCACUUCUAUCUCUAAAGGCUGAAUAUUAUCAACACUCCAAUCAGUCCUUUUCAUUUCACAGUGGAAUUUUCUUUCUUUACAUUUCAUACUUUAUGUAAACUGUCUGUGUUGUGUUUGUAAAUGUUGCACAAUGCUUUUGACACCAAAAAAAGAGAUUACGUAAAGAGAACCAUUUUCUUUGGUGGUCAGAAGUUGCAGCUGUCACCCUCCUGUUUUUUAAAGUACAGUGUGGUUAAUUUGAAAAAGAUGGACACAUUUUAGCUGAUUUUCUGCUUAAUUACUUGUUCUAUUCUCAGUCACAAAGACAUAUUCUUCCAUAGAUCGUGUUUAGUACUGCUGUCCGUCUUUCAAGUGGUGGAGAUCUUUUUUUUUUAUAUCAUUGGGGGAAAUGUACAGACCACAUAGCCACUUUGGGAAAAUGCAUACCGUACGUUCAUUAUGUUACAAUGUAGAUAUCUAUUUUUUAUAAAGUGCUUAUUUUCAACUUCACAAAAUAUAUGCAUCAUGCUCUAUCAAUGUUUUUGAAGUUGACUGUAGCCUAUUAUACAUGGUUUUUAGUUUUGUUUUUGCUUUUUAUGCUAAUUUAAAUAAAAAAAACUUUUACACCCUG